AUGGAAAUCAAAUUGCUUCAAGAGCCAAUCAUUAAUAUCUAAAGUCAUGGCAUAGAGACUAGCAGAUACAACUCAUUGCUAUAUCUAGGAAAUGAUGAAAGAGAGUAUUCCUUAAACUGCUGUGGAAAUAGAUUGAUAUUAAGAUCAUUCUCUAAUCACUCAGUAUUGAUUGAUUAAAAAGUAGCAGAGGAUGCUAUAAUGGUAAUAACUUAGUGCCCAAUUUUGAAAGAUAUAACUCAAAUAAGAGAGAAUAAUGACUUUAGAUAUAUUAGACAUGCCACUAUUAGAGAAAAUAAGAUAGCUUUUUGUUCGGAGCAUGGUAAAGAAUUAAGCAAAAUAGUCUUGUUCGAGUUUUAAGAGGAUAACAGUUUGAAUAUACUUUUUGAAUAGCCAGGAGGUUACAGAUAAUGUGAGUUCAAUAGUGAAGGAGAUCUCUUUGCAGUAAGAAAAUAUCUAAAAGUUGAAAAUAACGAAGAGACUCUAACAUAUGAGUCAUAGUUGAUAGAUAGAAAUACUUUGACUGUUGUAUAAAAAUCAGAGAUAAUAUGUUAAAAGAAUGUUAAAAUGCUCUAGCUCAUUCCAAGUGAAGAUAGGAAAUCAGUUCUUUUGAACUCAAACCUAAGACAUCUUAUUGUUCAAAGUACUCUAGAUGUUUAAAAUAGAAAGAUCAUUACGUAUAUAAAUUUGCCAGGAAAUCCUGCUUCACCUUGUAUUUAGAAUGGAAUCGGAUUCUAGUUGGUCUAGAAUAAGUUGAUUUUAAGGAUUGAUUUAUAAAAUUGUCUCAGAAGCAGAGAUAUCGCUUCAUCUCAUAUAGAGCUUGAUGUUAAGGUUCCAUAAAGUAUUAAAUAAUAAUUAGCUAAUGGAAAUAUUGGCUUGGAGAUCUUCUAAACCUCUUUUUAUAUUAAGAAAGACUGCUAUUCAAUGAUAAUUAAUAAAUCAUUUACAAAGCUAAUGCUUUGCCUAGUUAAUGAGAUAGGUUAUUACACUUUGAAUCAGAGUUAGAAAACUCUAUUUACAGAAGAACCAUUUAAAUUAGAAGAAUAAGUACAUGGAAUGUUUAGUAUCACUUGCUGCGGGUCAUCUCUUUCUAAAAAUAAAGAUUUGAUUGCAGUAGGGGAUUACUUAGGCAAAAUUCAUAUUUAUUGCUCCAAAACUCAGAAGAUUUUACACCAAGCAUAAAUUGAUGAUCAGAUCAGAUACAUGCAUUUCCAUGACUAUCACAAUGAGAUUUUAUUGAUAGCAACCUUUAGUGGAGCAAUAUAUGUUUGGAAUAAUAUUGGUCGAGAAAAUAACAAUCCUAAGAGAAUACUUAACCUUAACAGAACCGUCACCAGUAUUAGAACAAGCCAUGGUCAAGUUAGAUUAAAUCCUAUUAGAUUUGCUGAAAAGUAGUAUAUUAUCUUUGGUUCUAUUAAAGGAUAAUUAAGCUUAUUUUCUCAUGAUGAAUAUUUGCCUGAUGGUGGCAUUGAUGUUAAGGAUCUCACUCUAGAAUGGUCUAUUAUUGCUCAUGAACCAUCUACAGGACCUUUCGAUGAAAAUUUUGGUUCCUUAUAAAAGCAAUCAGAAAUUUGGUCGACAAUUACUAAUAAGGGCUCGCUUAAAAGAAUAGUGACAUGUUCAGAGGACUAACUUAGCAAAGUUUGGAGUUUUGAGCCUGGAAAAAAUCCAUAACUAAUAAAAACAUUGCCUGGCCAUUUAAAGGCAGUAACAUCAAUUGACUGGCAAAAAAUGAAAGAUGGGAAAGAAUACUUAGUCAGUUGCUCAGAUGAUAAAUUUGUGAGGAUUUAUUCCACUGAGGAUGAUAAAUAUGAUCUUGUUUAAAACAUUAACACAGAAUUUAUUACUGAUUGGCACACUUUGACUUACCUUUGUAUGGAAUAAAAUGGUGAGCAUAUUGCCUUUGUCAGUGAAAAUGGAUAUUUAUUCGUGUGGAACAUGUUUACUAAAAAAUUCGUUUACUCAAGAAAAAUCCAUAAUGGGAGUAUUGAGUCAUUAACUUGGAGAGGAGAUACAUUAGUUUGUUGCUCGUCCUCUUACGCUCUAGUCUAGUGCAUGCUACUUCUAGGUGUUUGGAGUUGCCUUUCAUUGAAUUCUCACAAGCCUGAUUGUGAUUAAGCCUCGCUUAAGAGCUUGCUAUUUAUUUACAUGAUGAACCACUCAUUCAAUAUAUUAAAGGAGUCUCAUGACUUGACUCAAGAAAAAUAUGGGUAUCUCACUUUCUCAAUGUUCUUUUAUCUUAAUAAUGCAUUAUACUGGUCACUAUGGAUUUUUUCAAACUAUAUCUUACUUUCCACAGCUUGCAAUGCUAAAAUUCCAGAUACAGCAUUUUGGGUAGCUGUUGAAAUACUAUAUGGUUACUUUGAAAUACUAAGCUAUUUGAUUAUGUCAGUUAUAGCUUGGGGUUGCGGUUAAAGCAUUAUGAAGUGA